AAAACCUGUUGGUUAAUCAUUGAAAUGAAUCACUUCCUCUGAGAUUCCCCGUGUGAUCAAGUGCUAGCCGGGCUAGCGUUUUCUCUGUGGAUACCGCCGGAGCACAAAAGUGGGUGACAAAUUGUGGGCCAGCCGGUGGUGCCCCAGCCGGUGGUGCCCCAGCUGUAAGCAAAUAACCGGUCUGCCACUCGCGGCCCACCUUGCCUCCCUCGCUUUCCCCGCUCGGCAAGGACACGGGAUUACAUUGAUUGUAUUAGCGCUUUGUGUUGAUGGCCUGUGUAUCACACGGAUUAUGUGUUUUUUAUUUCACACGGCACACACUUCUUGGUGUGUUGAUGGUGUGCAGGCCAACUACCAGAGGUGUGAACAUUCACCCUACAUAUGUAUUUUAGGUUGAUUAAUUUCACUCUACUUGACAAGUUUCGGUGAUUGGUUUAUGGAGGCCUGCUAUACUAUACAAUACAUACAUCAUCGCUAAUGAAUACAGGUAUUACGUGAUGUAGUUGUACAACGGCGCGGUGAUUAACACAGGUGUUUAAUUGUCUCAGUAAUUACCUCAGUGUUUUCUCUCCCCACCAAUUACGGGAGACAGUGUUUGGAUAACUAUCUGCACCCAGUCUGUGCUAGAGGCAGUGACAAGCGGAUCUAUCAAGUCGUCGCCUCUGUUCUCUGUGUUGUGUGUUGGGACCAGAACUGAUAAGUGACGCAGCCGUGUGUUGUGUGUUGGGACCAGAACUGAUAAGUGACGAACCUAUGUAGUGCCGUGCUGCCCCAGUUCUGGACAGUGUGUCAGCACACUAGUGGCGGUGUUUUAUCUGACCAAUGACCAUGGAUAAAAUAUUGCUUAGAAAAAACUCGGAUCCCGGGAAAUGUCCGUCUAGCAGACGAUCAGAUGGACCGGCUGGUUCGGCGCUUAUUCUAGAGGACAUGAGCAUGUUUUAUCUGCGGCAAUUAGCCACUAGUUUAAAGGACCAUGACCUCCAGCAGAAGAUUGACCAUGAGAUCAAGAUGCGUGAGGGGACAGCCAGGCUGCUGGUGGCCAGCAAACACCCAGCCCAGGUUCUGGAGGCUGCCAAAAACUUGCUGUGUUCAAAUACUCGCAUCAUCGCUUACAUGACAGAACUGCAGAGGAGGAAAACUGCUGAGGUUCUGGGCAAGCAAAGCUCUAUAGAAGGCAACCAGCUACCCUGUGGUGCUCAAGUUAGUGUUUCAGAUAUCAGAAUUCCAUUAAUGUGGAGAGAUGCAGACCACUUCAAGAACAAAGGAGAUUAUCGCCGCUAUGCUGUGUUUUGUAUGCUGAAGGUUGGGACAGAAAUCUAUGACACAACCAUGAUCAGUGAUGUGGACAGAAGCAUGACUGACAUCACUUUUGAGGAUGUUGUUCUAUUUGAUGAUGUACCACAUGACUUUGAGAUGAAGUUUGAGGUGUACUGCCAUAAGUUACAUGAAGAACUAUCUGUUGCCAACACCCCAAAAAAGCUGAGGAAAAAAAUUAAUGAUCUCUCUGGCUCAGUUGGACGCAGCGUGGGCAAACGCUUGUCUGGUCUAAAUGAUGCUGAUGUGAUAGGAAAUAUGGUGCUAGGACCAAAGUUUGAACUUGUUGCCAAAGGAUCCCUGCAACUGUCAGAUGUGGAUAAGUCAGUGAGGACUUUUGAUCUGCAGUUGGAAACUAACACAGAUGGUCAAGUCCAUGAACUUCCUCUGUUUGGUCACUACUGUUGUAGGUUAGCAGCACUACCCCACUGCCUCACCCACCCCACAGUCACAGGAUAUCUUAACCUACAGGAAGAUGAUGACUUAUCUAAAUGGAAAAGAUACUGGUGUUCUCUCAAAAACCUCCAGUUGGCAUGUUGGUCUAGUCCUGAUGAUGUUGAAGUCAUACAGCCUUUACUCACUAUUCCUGUUACUAAGAGCACCCAAAUCAGUGAUGCAGAUCCUAGUACCAGCAAAAAACCUCACUCAUUCCUUAUCAAGACAGUCAACAUCAAUGGAAUCUUCUGUCACACACUUGCAGCAGACACCAAAGAUGAGUUGAACAAGUGGUGGGAAGGAUUUCAACAGCAUUUAUUAGAUCAAGCACUGUGGAAACAUGCAUGUGAUGAACAGAUGGACCUCAAAGUUCCAACCAGGCGUAAAAUACCUCUGUUUGUUAGAAAAAGUUCCUUGUAUGAAGAAACACCCCUUAUAGAACCUGAGAGCAACAAUGAGAACCUAGUGAGUGACUUAGGCAAUGACCAGUUGACCCAGAUGUUGCACACCUUGAUGGGGGAAGCUAGUCAGAUUAGGGGAGGAGCAUCAUCCCAGUCAUAGCCCAUGUUAGAGAAUUGUUCUAGAGAUCAUCUGUUACUUUAUUUUAUUUAUGUUGUAGCAUGCAAUUAAAAAGGGGCAGCCUUUAUCAUUUGAUUUAUUCAACAAGAACAAAACAUUUUGUUUUACAUAAUAGAAAAAGUGUACUUAAAAUACUGCACAAAUCUCAGAUAUUAAGUACUGUUAACUAAUCUGAAUUUGACAUCUUUUUUAUUUUUUAAUAACUGGAUUUUUAAAUUUUACUAGCUCUUUAAUUAAGUUGCAAUGGAUUUAUCACAUUUGGAACUUCUGAUCUUAAGUCAUGGGGGGGGAGGGGUGUUGAUUAAGAACUUUGACUAAAUUUGUGUGUUCCAAACCAGCAUAGUAUUUUACUCGUGCUUGUUUGUCAAUUUUACAGAUGAUGAUGUGCACUUAGAAAUGGUAUGAAUCUGGUGUAAAUGACUUGAGUCUGGUUGAGAGAAGUGCUAGUUGACUAUGGUCACAUUUCUCAAGCAAUAAGAUUUUUUUGUUGUGCAACUUUUAAGAUUUUCUUUACUUGGACUAUUUUUUUAAUUCUAAUUUUUCUUCCUAUGCACUCCAAGAAGAAAUUUGAUUCUGAAGUUGGUUGUGUUUUAUUUCUGUCUGGUCAUGAGCUAUGAUCUCUCAGGCAUUUUGUUCAUCUGAUAAAGGACAUCAGUUAAGGUCAUUAAGAUUUCACCACAAGUAUUCCAGUACCCAGAGCAGGCUGCCAUACUUUUAGAUUGACACAAAGUUACAAAACUCAUGUUAAUUAUUGUGCCUUGUUUCAGUUGGAAAUGGGUUAUAUUUUUAUUUCGGCAUAAUUUUUGUAAAAUCAGUUUAAAAUGUCAUUUGCAAAGAAGCAUGGGCAGAUAUUGUGUGCAAAAUUUUAAAAAAUAUAUUUUUUGCUCAUAUAAAAACAAUUUGUUUGAAAAAGGGGCGUUGUCUACAAUACUGUUAGUUGUGUCCCCUCUCUGUACAGCAUCUACAUAUGUUUAAAUGUAUUUAUUAUAUUAGUUGCUUAUUUAUUGUCAUCCACUUGUUACUAAUCUUGAUUUGUAAAGCUAGUAGCUGCUAGCCAAUGUUAGUUUACAUUUGUCAGGAAUUUUGUUUUUGUACAAUCGACCACAAAGUGGUUACCAUUCCUGGAAGUGAUCUAACCUGAUCUUUUCUUUGUAACAAAAAUCCAGCUAUGUAUUUUUUUGCCUUUAGUUUGGAUUUUUUAUGUUUGGUUAUUGAAUGAUAAUUCAAUUGGUAAUUGAACUAUUAAUUAUAUAAGGUUUCAAAUGAUAACCUUUUUUUAUUUUAAUUACUGUACCCUAACUAAAUCUGGGAGGGGGAAGGGACAAUUUUUCUGUUUAAUUCAAUUUUAAUGCAUUUUUGGCAACGACCUUUUAAAUAUUUUAGAUAAAUUAUUUGUACUAAACAACUUGGAAUUGCCUUAGUAAAGAAAAUACUAACAAGCUAAAGUUGGUCAUUGUUAGAAAAGUUAGAAUUUGUUAUGAAAAUAAAACAUGAAAAUUAA